GUCUGAUGUUUGUGUUGUUUUCUGCUCGUCCUCAGAGUCAGACUGCAGCGAUGCGCUUCAUCCGAGUCUGUUUUUAUCUCCUAAACCCAUCGAUCACAAUAUUAUCGUGAUUUAUCCAUCAAUAUCUGCUUUUGCUCAUCGAUGGUCGUAAAAUGGCGAGCUCUUUCUCCAGACCUUCAGCUCAAGGAGGCACAGAGACGGAGCGUCUGCUGGCCCCUGUGAUGGGAUACGGCUCCGGCGAUCUGAACAGUGGGUGUCACGGCAGCCCUCCCGCCCUGGACGUGAGCAUGCCGGGGUCACGGCCGCGGGCCGAGGAAGCGGAGGAGGCCCUGAGGAGGAAGCUGAAGUACUUCUUCAUGAGCCCGUGUGAUAAAUACCACGCCAAAGGCCGCAAACCCUUCAACAUGUUUCUGUUACUUUGGCAAUUCUGCAUGUGA